AUGAUUGAACCUGCACAGGGAACUCUAAACACCUCCAUCCCGGGGAAUGCGAUGUCCACUCCUCGACCCGGAAGCGCGAGGUCCAAUGCCCAGGAUGGGGAACCAAGCCUUGCUACUAUCCAGUUGAGGGAAAUCAUGAAAGAAUUGUGCGAAACAAGAAAAGUAGCGGAGAAAGCUCUAGAAAAAGCGCAGAACACUACUUGCCGUGAAGGCUCAAAAGAGGGCAAGUGGAAGCAGAGACAUGAGAUCUUUGAGGGAGACUCCUCCAGCAACACACACUCGAGCGUCCGUGACAAGGCCACGACAGAAGAUCAAGACAAAGAUCUCGACCUGCAUAAAAUGGCGAAAAGGGCAAAGGACACUGAUUUGCGCAAUCAGAUCGAGAAGAUUGUCAGAGGGUACAAGCCACAAACACCCGCUGAACUAGCUUUGGAGGCGGCGAAAGGAAUCUGCAAGUCGCCAUUCACGGAAGACAUCCUGAAAGCCAAGAAGCCAGUUAAGUUCACCCAACCUAAGUUUAAGCUGUUCCAGGGCACGACUGAUCCCAUUAAACACAUCUAUCAUUUCCAACAACAAAUGGUGCUCGAAGGAGAUGACGAGACCCUGUUAUGUAAGUUGUUCCCCUCAAGCUUGUCAGGAUCGGCCAUGAUUUGGUUUAGACAGCUGAAACCAAGUACAUUUGCAAUCAAAAGAGAAGAAAGGACGUCACGAUCCUAUUCAGCACGAAGCAAAGUACCGGAGAAAGCCUUAAAGACUACUUGA